GCAAGGCGGAAUGUAGGCCAGCUCACGUAGGCUGACCUGGAUAGCAGCCCUUUGACGGGGAAAAAUCUGCAGUGCACAAUGCGGCUGCGUGGCCCGUGCACUCAACGGUUGGUCAGCGAUUGACCCUAGAAAUAAGCGGAUAACACUCGGUGUGUCAUGUGACGGCCGGCUUGUGUCAUGUGACGGCAAAGACAUCAUGUCCACUGUCACAACCCUUUGGGAGAAGAUGAGAGGACAUGUGCUCCGGUUACUUGCUUUGGCGAUCUUGUUCGGUUUGUGCAGCUGCGAGGACAACGAGCACCAUGAAGGCUUGUACAUCGGCAAACUGAAUACGUAUGCCCAUCAGGUCUCCGGACAGGUAUACGCCAUUGACGAGUACACCAUUCUUAUACGGAACUUCUUCUACGACGGCCUUGGUCAAGACGCUUUCUUCUGGGCUGGAUCCAGUGUAAGACCAAGCAACGUGGGAUUUAUCGUGCCAGACGAAGAGGGAAAAACAAACAAAUUGCAGCCGUACACAGACAGGGACAUUUACUUGCACCUGCCCGACAAGAGGAAGAUAACUAGCAUCCGUUGGUUGGCCAUCUGGAACCUGAGAGAACAUGCCAACUACGGAGAUAUCUUCUUCCCCGAGGGAUUCGAGCCUCCGUCACCCCGGAGGAUUUCAGAACUGUCCCGAAGAGGCGCUGGUGUACGCUCGGGCACGGUGGUCAUUCUGGACUCCAAGACCAUUCGUAUCCCAGACUUCAAUUUCGACGGGACUCAACCUGACACGUACUUCUGGGUGGGCUACGGGCCACAGCCGAACAGUGCUGGACACAAGAUCCCCAACGAAAGAGGCUAUGUGGAGCCACUGGCUAAGUAUGAAGACAAAACGAUCGAUUUGACGUUGCCGGGCAAGACCACGGUGUUCGACAUCGACUGGCUGAGCGUCUGGAACGCUGCCAAAGGGGAGAACUAUGGUUCAGUGAUCAUCCCGCACGGGCAAGAUAUUCCACCGACGCAGUUCACUUAUAUUAAACACGAGUCUAGGUUGUCCAACUGCGAGCAACUCCAUACGACGUUGCAGCUCCGUUGGGAGAUUCAAGGCAGGGCCAUCUCGUUCGAACUUAUCGGCCAAAUACAGGACGGGGAGUACAUGGCGUUCGGCAUCAGCGGUGCGUCGAAUGCCACGCAGAUGGUAGGGGCGGAUGCUGCCGUCUGCUACAUCGAUGGACAUUACGCCAACGCUGUGGACUAUAACAUCACAGACCGUCACCUCUGCACUAACGUAUUAGGCCGCUACAAAGGCGUUUGCCCCGACAUCAAGGUGGGCAGCAAAGAGAGCUAUCAAAUACUGACGUUCACCAGAGUAGAUGGCAUCACCAGCAUUAUCUACAGGAGGAACCUUGAAAACUACGACGACGACGGAGACCAAGUGUACAAUGCUGAGGGCGACACUUACCUUGUGUGGGCCAUAGGCAAAAUCAACUCCAUGAAGGAGCCCACUUUCCAUCACACGUACCCUAAAGGUACUGUCAAGAUAAAUUUUGGUCGCAAAAAGGCCGCCGACAACUGCUUCGACUUCAUCAAAGGAAAGAAGUCACUACGACCAACACCCUGGGGACCCUUCCGCAUCAAGGAUAAGUCUAUAGACACAUUCAUUGCCAGAAUAGGACCUGCAGGUGGUUGGAAAGGAUAUGUUGGAAUGACUGGCUAUCCCAGCCCAGGAGAGUCCUGGUACAUCAACGGCCUACUAGCUCCCCAAGUGUACGUUCAGAGAGGACGAACCUACACAUUCAGGAUUGAGGGAGGCAAUAAUCCGCACAAUGCCCGUUACUACCACCCUUUCUACAUCACUGAUAGUCCUGUUGGGGGAUAUGGUAGCCUUGAAGAAGAGCAGAGGAAGGACAUCAAGAUCUUCGCGGGCGUGCAGACAGACAGAAGAGGAAGGCCUCAGCCCACUUCAGCUGGUCGCCUCUGCUCUUGGGUGCACAACACUUCCGAUCCGCGCACCGCGGACGAGUACAUGAGUUUUCCCAAGUUUCGAAACUCUCUGCGGCUGCAGUGCGACGAUGGCCAACCAGCCAUCCUCACCUGGGCACCCAACGACAGCACCCCUGAUGUCGUCUACUACCAGAGUUACACAACGCCUCACGUCGGAUGGAAGUUUAUCGUUGUUGAUGAACUUAUCACUGGAAACAGCGCGGCGUCCGUCCUCGCUGGAUCCUACAGCUUGAUGGUUGCGCUGUCUCUUAUGUUGUUUUGCACGCUUAGGUAAAAGAACCUGCGUCGUGGACAUGGACAACAGCAUCGUUGCGUUUGAAUCACGACUGCGUGUGGACCUUAUAAGGUUGAUCUUGAAGUGGGAGGAGAGCAACGUUUGGAGUAGUGGCUGUCGGAUUUAUUUAUCGUGUGCAGGCAGUGGGAUCCGGAAAAAUCGUCCCCGGAAAAAACGAACCCCGGAGAAAAUGUCCCCCGGAAAAAACGGCCCCGGUGGGAACCUAGGUUAGAACCGGGUCCCAGGUUAGUUUUCAGACGUUAGGUCAGUUUAGGCUUGUUUUUGACAAUUCACCAUGCGGUUGAGGGGGGCCACCCACAGCUGGGCACGCGCCGUUUGACGAAAAGUACUUUUCUUGAUACUUUUCAUGCGGGGACGUUUUUUUCCGGGGACGAUUUUUCUUACACCCGUAGGCAGUGCUGCAUGGAGUAACGAGGAAAUGAGUCUAGAAAGCAAUAAAAUGGUGUCUUCGACGUUUCA